UGUUUGUACAGGUGGUUGUGUGGUUUUUUAUGUAAACAUUUACCCUUAGGAACCAAUCAAUUAAUCAAAAUUUAACUUUAUGAACCCUUCAACUAAGAACUGAAACAUGGACGAACUAGUGUGGGCCCGGGAUAAUACGGAGGGUUACAUUUUGGGCAAGAUAGUCGAACUAACCGACGAUGGUGCAGAAGUCAUCCCGCUUAGUUCGAAAUAUCCAAGGAGGGUGUUGCAAUUUAGCGAUCUCUUUAGAGCCAAUCAAGAUACGGAAAAAGAUUACGAUGACAACUGUGAAAUGAUGUUUUUAAAUGAAGGGACUUUGUUAAAUAAUAUUCGUAUCCGUUACUAUAGGGACAAAAUUUACUCAUACGUAGCAAACAUACUAAUAGCUGUCAACCCCUACAAAGAUAUUGCCACUCUCUACGCAUCCCAAACUAUAAAAAACUACAAGGGUAAAUCCCUAGGACAGAUGCCGCCGCAUGUAUUCGCCAUAGCAGACAAAGCCUACAGAGACAUGCUUGUCUUAAAGCAAUCCCAAUCUAUAAUAGUGAGCGGUGAAUCUGGAGCAGGCAAGACAGAAUCAACGAAGCACUUAUUGAAGUUCCUUUGCGACAAUUGGGGCGCAGAGGUAGGUACUUUAGAGAAGAAAAUUCUAGAUGCUAAUCCGGUACUUGAAGCCUUCGGUAACGCGAAGACUACCAGAAACAAUAAUAGCUCUAGAUUCGGUAAAUUCAUCGAGGUGCAUUUCGAUAAGAAAUUUAAAGUUGCUGGCGGACAUAUUUCGCACUAUUUAUUAGAAAAAUCGAGAAUUUGUUCAACGGAAGGCGAAGAACGGAACUACCAUAUCUUCUACAUGCUCCUGGCUGGAGCUCCGGAGUCAUUACGAAGUCAGCUUAACCUCACGCAGCCCGAUGAUUUUAACUAUCUUAAAGGUGGUUGUACCAGAUACUUCACUUCGCCGUCUACCGAUAAAAAAGUCGAUGAUAGCAGGAAAAGCGCUGAUUUUAAGAAACACGGAUCUCUGAAGGACAUUAUUUUGGAUGACGUGUUGGGAUUUGAAGAGUUAGAUCAAGCUUUGUCGAGGUUGGAGAUCACUGAAGCUGACAGAGCCCAGAUAUAUGCUACUGUGGCGGCUGUACUACAUUUGGGCAACGUUUCGUUUGAAGAUAAUCCCGAAGAUACAAGAGGAGGAUGUAGAGUUGUCGCGUCUAAAGAAAAGUACCUCCUAAUAGCCUCAAAAUUAUUAGGAAUAGAUCCCAGUGAGCUCAAGCAGGCUUUGAUCUCACGCGUGAUGCAAAGUGCUAGGGGAGGUAUGAAGGGUACAGUUAUCAUGGUUCCUUUGAAGACGUAUGAAGCUACUAACGCAAGAGAUGCUUUAGCUAAGGCUAUUUACAGCAAUUUGUUUGACUAUAUUGUGAAUAGAAUUAACCAAAGUAUACCAUUCCAAUCUUCCAGUUAUUAUAUUGGAGUUCUGGAUAUUGCUGGGUUUGAAUUCUUCACAGUCAACAGCUUUGAGCAGUUCUGCAUAAACUACUGCAAUGAAAAACUGCAACAAUUCUUCAACGAUAUGAUUUUGAAGUAUGAGCAAGAACUUUAUAAAAGAGAAGGCCUUAGCGUACCUGAAAUACAAUUUGUGGACAACCAAGACUGUAUUGAUCUUAUUGAAACAAAGAAAGGUGUUUUAACUCUCCUAGAUGAAGAAUCCAAAUUGCCAAAACCUAGUUAUACUCAUUUUACAGAAGAAGUCCAUAAAACAUGGCCUAAAGAAUUUAGAUUGGGUCUGCCAAGGUCGUCUAAACUCAAAGCACAUCGCAGCUUAAGGGACAGCGAAGGGUUUUUGAUCCGUCAUUUUGCUGGAGCUGUAUGCUAUCAAACGAAAUAUUUCAUUGAUAAAAACAACGAUGCACUACAUGCUUCUCUAGAAGGUAUCAUCCAGGAAAGUAGAAGUCAAUUUAUUAAAACUUUAUUCUCAACAUCUUGUACUUUGAAAGGUAAACUCACCUUUAGCAGCGUUGGUAAUAAAUUCAAAAUUCAGCUAGGAGAACUAAUGGAAAAAUUAAGGAGCAAUGGUACCAAUUUUAUUCGUUGUGUCAAACCAAAUUCCAAAAUGGUGGAUCAACAAUUCGACGGCAACUUAAGUUUGAUGCAACUCAAAUGUUCCGGAAUGACAACUGUACUGGAACUUAUGGAAUACGGUUAUCCUAGUAGAACGUCUUUCUCAGAUCUUCACAAUAUGUACAAACAAUACUUGCCGAAGGAACUAUCAGUUUUGACUGCCAAGCAAUUUUGCGAGGCAAUGCUGCACAGUCUGAAUCUUCACGAAAAAGAUUUCAAGUUUGGCGUUACCAAAGUUUUCUUCAGGCCUGGAAAGUUUGUAGAGUUCGACAAAAUCAUGAAAUCCGAUAGCAGCAACUUGAAAGCGAUCGUUGGCCAAGUGAAGAAAUGGUUGGUGAAAUCUAGAUGGAUCAAGGCCCAGUUCUGCGUACUGACAGUCAUAAAAAUGAAAAACAAAAUUGCAUGGAGACAGAAAGCCUUAAUAGUCUUACAGAAAUCAGUCAGAGGUUAUAUAGUACGAAAACAACAUGGCCCUAGAAUAGCAACACUACGAAACAUUAGAAAUCUAGAUACCAAUCUUAUACAAAUUGAACAAAGUGCACAACAAUUGAAGAAAGAUAAGGAAGCAGUUGCAAACGAAAUUAAUAAUUUGAAGACACAAUUUGUUGCUGCCACAGAUAGAAUUAAGAGAGACGAAAAAAUUGAUAAAACCACUGCAGAAAACCUGUACAAAUCCCUCGUCGAAAAAGUCAACUUACAAAUGGCAACCUUACAGAAGAAAAUAAAAGAACAGAAAAAUGCAGAAGAACAAGAAAGGCUGAGAAAGAUACAAGAAGAAUUGGAGAGGCAGCGUAAAGAAAAAGAGGAGGAGGAACGUAAAAUUCGCGAAGAAGAAGAAAACAGGAAGCUCAGAGCUGAGAUGGAAGCUAGGAGAAAGAAGGAGGAGGAAGAGAGGAGGAAACAGGAAGAAGCAGAUAGAAUUCUGGCCCAAAAACUUGCCGAGCAACACGCUAAAGAUGAAGAGGAACACAGACGGCUCGAAGAACAGGAAGAGCAAGAGAACCAAGAUAGAGAAUUGGCACUGCGAUUAGCACAAGAAAGUAACGGUUCGAUUGAAGAAAGUCCCCCAUCUAUAAGGAAUGGUACAGUUGAACCGGACAAAAUCUACAAGUUGAACAGAUCGGAAGCACAUAGAAACCACCAAGCAUCUUUGGCAAAUAACAAAUACGACCUCUCUAAGUGGAAAUACUCCGAACUACGUGAUACUAUUAAUACUUCCUGUGAUAUUGAACUGCUAGAAGCUUGCCGACAUGAAUUCCAUCGCCGCCUUAAGGU